GGCGCACAGACUCAUUUAAAACUCAUCCCCUUCUACCUGCAAUGGAGCUUUCUAACGUCACCGCCAACUCAACCUUCUACUACGACCGGCUAGCCGAUGUCCAGUCCAAAUUCCCGGAGGUUCGCUAUCUGUGGCGUAUAAACUUCAUCGUAACCAUCGCCGUAGCUUCUGUCAUCCUCCUUGUCGGGACCAUCGGAAACGUGAUCACCUACGCGGUCUUGUCGCAGAAGGCAUUCGCCAGAAACCACAUGUCGUUGAUGCUGCGUUUUCUCAGCGUCAUGGACCUGGUCAUCCUGUGGACCGUGCUCCUGAGGUACUACGUUCGGGCUAUCAGUAGCUUCGACUUAAGGACCAUUUCCUUCACAGUGUGCAGAAUCCACCACAUCUAUGCGCUCACGUGCAACUCUGUCAACAACUGGAUGCUCAUCAUGAUCACCGUCAUGCGCUACGUGGCCAUCCGCUUCCCGUUCUUCUCAAGGCGCGUCUGCACGCCCGCCGCCGCCUACUUCGGCCUGUUUGUCAUCCUGGUCGGGUGUAUCGGCGGCUUCAGCAUCUUCUUCACCUUGUUCGUAAGAUAGAAGGACCUCCGCAGAUUUGCUGAAGACACUGGGAGAACGAGAGACUAAAACUUCUCUCAGCGAUAUCGAGGAAGAGGAUGAGGCAGACUUCACCUCAGGUCUGCGCAAUGGAACUGUUGUAGACUCAGACCAGAGAAAGAAAAUGACACAAUCGCCCCGAAUUUUUCCUCGAUUCAUCAACAACAACUGUCACCUAGUGAACGCACAGACAGACAACGACGACAAGUCUUGUUCUCGCCUUGACUUAACUGACCAUCCGAAUGAUACAAGGCUCCAGUCUUCAGCUGUGACUGGUCCCUACCUCGAACAAACACUGGCGUCUCUUCCAAACAAAGAACCUUUUACCUCCAAGAGUUCUGAUUUACACCGAAGGACCGAAAUUGAAUUGGCCGUCCGUUCACCCUCCCGCAAAAAGAUAUGGUCAACCGUUCCGCCCUCGAAAAGUACAUGUAUGUCCUUCAGGGGAAGCCAACGAGGUGGUCAUACUUACUUGAUGGAAACGACAAACGAGUUAGUCUACAUAAUUACAGAUGAAAAUAGUGUUGGUACUUCACCAUUAAUAUCUGAAACGUCAGAAUUCUCAAUAACCGUUAAGUACCCAAGGUAUGUCUCCCAGUCUGACCCCGAGAAGAGUGAUGACGUAAUUGAGUCCCAGAAUUCUGUUUUUCCAAAUUGUUUUGUUGACGAUUCUAUAAAUACACUGGCUGAAGACAAAAUUAUCUCAGCUAGUGACAACAACAAAACUACUGAAACGUUUCCUAUAUCUCCUAAUUACUUUGUACAGUACACGACAAGUGCACAUGUAGUUUUGGAUGCGAAUACCAGAAUACAGGACGAGUCAGUGAGGGGUGACCCAGGAAUGGAAGAGGAAGGCAGACACAGCUCACAUCUAACGUCGUGCAAGCCGAUAGACUUGGACACCCUGAGUGGCAUAAACAUAUCCCAGACUCAUGGUGAUCCAGCAUCGUGUCGAUGCCAUGUAUCAGCUUCUUUAGUAAAUAAAGACACAAGUGUCGAGGGCAUAGAAACAACUAAAAACAAACUGUCCUCUUCGGAUACAUCUCGAGUUACAGAAAAAAAAACAGGUAGUAUAUCACAACGAAGAAAUCGUCGGGGAUACAAAGAAUUUGCUUUCACUUUCAACAGAAAGUACAAAUCGGCCAAAGAGAAGAGCAAGCACAUUCAGGGUGACAUCGACUCUCUAUUGCCAGAACUGGCAGGUUUAGACAUCAGCCAGAACGCCAAAACCACGCCAAAAAGUGGUGAACAAACAGUCGAUGGAUCUGGAUUACUACAGACGAAAAAAUGUGGUAUCCUGAAAAAUUCAGGUCGUCAGCAAACGAAAAAGGAAGCGAAAAUCAACUUUGAUGGUAAUCUGUCCUCAACAUCAGUUGUCUCUUCGAAAUUGAAGUUAAGCUUCCUCUCUCACGACUCCAUUUCCAGCUUAUCGAUGUAUGAGGAAGAAUACAGAGCUCGGCGAAACUCCAUACCUCGAACAAUGCCUCUGUCAACGUUCAGGCCACCUCGGAAGUCCAUCGUCGUCGAUGUCCGCCAAAUGCUCAAACCAGAAGACCCAAAGUCUCAGACCAAUACGCAGUCUCUGACGGGCCUGAUCGUGCUGACCAGCAUCCUGUUCGUGGUGCUCAACGUGCCGUACUGCGUCUGGUACCUCACCUCCUCCUUCUUGUUCACCAAGGAUGAGAUAGGCAGGGCUAAGAACCACCUCGUUAACACCUUCGUCAUCCUGCUCAAGUACACCAACAUUGCUGCGAAUUUCCUGAUUUACAGCGCUUUCGGGACCCGGUUUCGUUUAGAGCUACGAAAACUGUUCCAGAAAUGUUGCAGGAGGGCGAAACGAAAAAAUAGACUGUAGUACUGAAGCGCCGAUAUUCCUUUGUCUACAUCAUAAUUAUAACAUUUGCGGUUGCCAGAUGCUUGUGUUUCGCUAACUGCUCCAUGGUUCUAUAAGACAUGAUCACCGAUAUCUCUGAUGAUAACAGGAUCGACUGCGGCAGGAACAACCCUGAUUAGGGUCUCCAACUAUCUCUGUUCUUGAACAUCAUCAUAAUCAUCAUCAUCAUCAUCAUCAUCAUCAUCAUCAUCAUCA